UUGUUCAAUUUCCUGAACUGCAAUUUCUAGGGUCACCGUUGAAGGGUUAAAUCGGUUGAAUUUCAAUUUGUUCGACUUCCAAUGAUGACACUUUCCCAUAGUUUACCUUCCAAUCGCCCCACUUUCGCCCUGAAUCGGCUCCAGUCUUCCAGUUGGACGUCUGUCUUCUCCCCGGAUUUCAUCCAUCACAUCUCGCCUCAAUUAUACUCCGUUGCUCGCUUCUUGGACUCGCCCGCAACUCUUCUCCGCCACAGAAAGACAUGGCCGAACCAAUUCGCGUGGUGGUGACCGGCGCCGCCGGCCAGAUCGCCUACUCGCUGCUGCACAUGAUCGCCAAGGGGGACGUGUUCGGGCGCCAGCAGAAGCUCAUCCUGCACCUGCUCGACAUCCCGCCCAUGAUGGGCGUCCUGGGCGGCGUGGUGAUGGAGCUGGAGGACUGCGCGCUGCCGCUGCUGGUGAAGGUCGUGCCCACGGCGGACCCGGCGGAGGCGUUUAAGGACGUGGCGGCGGCCUUCCUGGUCGGCGCCAUGCCGCGCAAGGAGGGCAUGGAGCGCAAGGAUCUGCUCGCCGCCAAUGUGAAGAUCUUCAAGGUGCAGGGCGCCGCGCUCGAUCAGCACGCGCGCAAGGACGUGAAGGUGCUGGUUGUGGGCAAUCCGGCCAACACGAACGCCUUCAUCUGCUCCCACUUCGCGCCCAGCAUCCCGCGCGAGAACUUCACGGCCAUGACGCGCCUGGACCAGAACCGCGCGCGCGCCCAGAUCGCCGCCAAGUGCGGCGUGCCGAUCGAGCAGGUGCGCAACGUGGUGAUCUGGGGCAAUCACUCCUCCACGCAGUUCCCGGACGCGCGCAACGCCACGGUGGCCGGCAAGGACGCCUUCGCCGCCGUGGGCGACGACGCCUUCCUGCAGGGCGACUUCGUGGCCACGGUGCAGAAGCGCGGCGCCGCCGUGAUCAGCGCGCGCAAGAUGAGCUCCGCCAUGAGCGCCGCCAACGCGGCGUGCGACCACAUGCGCGACUGGUGGCACGGCACGCCGCCCGGCGACUUCGUGUCCAUGGGCGUCCUGUCCGACGGCAGCUACGGCGCGCCCAAGGACGUGAUCUUCUCGUUCCCGUGCGAGGUGAAGAACGGCCAGUGGCGCAUCGUGCAGGGCCUGAACGUGGACGCGUUCGGCAAGGAGAAGCUGGCCGUCACGGCCAAGGAGCUGGAGGAGGAGAAGGCGGAGGCCGUGAUCGUGUGCGCCGCGGAUUGACUAGACAGCCCCAGCAAGCUCUGAACCGCCGCCACGCGGUGGCGCAGUUGAACUGCCUCGACUUCGUUUAGGGUUGCGGAAUAUCCAUAAUCACGUUAUAAAAAAACAUUCUUUUGGAAGCUUUGGUGUUUGUUUUCUAAGAAAGAGGAAAUAUAGACUCUGGAAACCA